AUGAGCGCACACAGUGGCUCUCGUGGUGGACAGAACCAAAAUACUACAUGGGGAGAGUCGCGUGAUCAGCUUUCCACCGGACCAGCUCAGGAACACCACAUACCCGUGCGAGGAUUCAAUGCCGCCGAGUCGAAGGGAGCUCUCAGGAGAAAUCCAGGAGAGCCAAAGCCCCUCUUCUACAAACCUGGUGGAAAAGAUACUAACCGCUCUAGCGGGCCGUGGGGAUCAAAACCGAACACGAUGGCCAAUGGGAAGGAUUUCUUCCUCGAGCUUCGGAAACAGGUUACCAGUCUGCGACAAGGUGGCAAUAUCGCAGGUGGCUGA